GCCAGGCCCACGGACAUGACAACCCCUGGACCCCUCCUGCCUCCUUAUGGUGUCGUAGUUGGAGUUUUGCUUCACCUCGUUGUUUAUUUAGUCGCUGUGCUGUAUAGGGAUGACAACAAAGUAAAGAAACCAGAUACCCCAGCACUUUGUGAUCUUCACUGUUGUAAGGACGGGCCGAUAAGAAAUGGCCUUAUUGGGCAGAAGCCACCCUCUAUCAACCCUGAGAGACUGAAAGAUUUUGGUGAGGAGGAUUACCUGAACGGGGAUGUGAAGACCUGGGAAAUGAAGAUAGUGAGCCGUAAUGAGGAGUUACUUAGGGAUGCCCUUUCCAGCAUCCCUCGGUCAAGCAGUAGGACCAGCCUGUCAAGCUGUAACAAGCUGAUUCGAUUUGAAGAUAUUAGUGCAGCAGCUUUCAAAAUCCAGUGUGGUGUUCAGAAAACCCCCUGCAUGUAUUCUAGGCUAUCCAAGCAGUAUGGAAUGGACAUCUACCUAAAGAAAGAGUUCCUCCAGUACACAGGAUCUGUGAAGGAACGAGGUGUGCUUUACCUUCUGACGUCAUUGCCUCAGGAUCAGCAAAGAAAGGGGGUGAUCGUGGCCUCGGACAGUAACUUUUCCAUGGCUGUUGCUUACCAUGCCUCAGAGCUCCGUGUCCCAGUGUUUGUCAUCAUGUCAACCAGCACAUCCCCAGCCAGAGUGAAGAUGUGCCGUGAGUACGGGGCCAUGGUCAUAUCCUACGGCACCACGGUGAAGGAUUCCCAGACGCACGCGAGGAGGUUGGCACAGGAGAAUGGUUACCUCUACCUUGAAGAGGAGGACAGUGCUGUCUACCUGUCAGGCCUGGGCACCGUGGGGCUGGAGGUGUACGAGCAGGUGCCAAAGCUGGACGCCGUGAUUUUCCCGGCUGGAGGCCACUGUGGGUUACUGGCAGGGUCAGCUGCUGCACUCAAACACCUCAACCCACACAUUUCUGUCAUUGGGGUUGAAUCUGAAAACUUCCCUGUUUUGCAACAAUCCUUAAAGGCUGGCCACCCGAUUGAAGACCAGGAUUGCAGCAAUCACCACUUCUAUGGAGAUGUGAGCGGCCUUUGCUUUGGCAGCAAUUCUUUGCAGCUGACUGGGAAACUUGUGGAUAAAGUUGUUGCUGUGAGGGAGGAAGACAUCCUCAUUUCAAUGCUGAGGCUGCUAGAGUAUGAGCGAGCCACCAUUGAUGCAGAAGGGGCCAUUGGACUUGCAGCACUGGUUGCAGGGAAGCUGCCUGAGCUGAAGGGCAAAAGUGGAAACUUGGAGCUACAUUUGCUGCAGCAGUGCAUAGCUCGUGCCCUGACCCUUGAUAACAGAGUGUGCAGAUUUGCCCUUGUGCUUUCUGACAGCCCAGGAGACAUUGCAAAGCUACUGGAGAUUUUGGCUCGGGAAGAAGUGAGGUAA